AUGGCCCGGCCCGCCGCGGACCUCCGCCUCGCCCGGUGCAGCGGCCUCGCGCGGCGGCCUUGCGCAGCGGCCUCCCGGAGGCGUCGGGACGCGCCCGGAGCUGGAGGCUGCCUGCCGCCUGGCCAGGGCGGUCUAGCCGGGAUGCCUCCGGAGUCGGGGUGCGGGGCAUCCAGUCGGCCCGGCCCGGCCCGGCUCGGCCCGGCCUUCUUGCGCGGAGGAGCCAGGCUUCCACGGCCUUCCCAGGUGCUAAUCCCGCUGUCCUUCCUGCAGGCCAACUUGGCGUCUGUGGCAGGCCUGUCCCGGCGCAAGAAGGUGGUCCUGACCGCACUGGGUGUGUUGACUGCAGGCGGAGCUGGCCUGGCCGUGGCCCUUCAUACCGCUGUGAAUGCUGGAGAGCUCGAGCUGCAUCCGCCAAAGUUCCCCUGGAGCCACAGGGGCAUGCUGUCCACCCUGGACCACAGCAGCGUCCGGCGUGGCUUUGAGGUGUACAAGCAGGUGUGUUCAGCGUGCCACAGCAUCGAGUACGUGGCCUACCGCAACCUCGUUGGGGUCUCCCACACUGAAGCUGAAGCCAAGGCCCUGGCGGAGGAGGUUGAGGUGCAGGAUGGGCCCGACGAGAACGGCGAGAUGUUCAUGCGGCCCGGCAAGCUCUCCGAUUACUUCCCCAAGCCCUACCCGAAUCCCCAGGCAGCCCAGGCGGCAAACAAUGGCGCAUUGCCUCCCGACCUCAGCUACAUCGUCAACGCCAGGCACGGGGGCGAGGACUACGUGUUCUCCCUGCUGACCGGCUACUGCGAUCCACCCGCUGGCAUAACCGUGCAGGAGGGACUGCACUACAACCCCUUCUUCCCUGGGCAGGCCAUUGCCAUGGCGCCCCCGAUCUACAACGAGAUCUUAGAGUUUGAGGAUGGCACCCCUGCCACCAUGUCGCAAAUCGCCAAGGACGUCUGCACCUUCCUGCGGUGGGUGGCGGAGCCAGAGCAUGAUCAGCGCAAACUGGUCGGCCUCAAGGUGCUGCUGGUGGCCGGCAUCCUGUUGCCGCUGCUGUACUGCUGGAAGCGGCACACGUGGUCGGUGCUGAAGAGCAGGAACAUUGUCUACCGGCCCCCCAAGUGACCCCGUGAGUGGCGCAGACUCUGACGCCGGGACAGGGGCGGCGGCCGCACCUCCUUCGUGCCCCAGGAAUGUACGGGCAGACCGGCAGCUGGACCGGCCGCCCCACCGGAGCACUUGUGGCCAUUUAGCGUUUCCCCGCCCACCCAGGCACCCCCGAGGGCCCUGGGAAGAGGACCGUGCGGUGCGGGGCCGGCCGGCACCCAAUAAAUCUGUUUCUUCAACCA